AUGCUUUCUGGGACGUGCUCCAUCACCUGCCUAAUGGUAGCCUCUCUUAUAGCCCAGGCUAGUGCUUCACCUCAAACUGGUUCAGCAACCCCGACUACUAGAACCCCUCCUACUGCUCAAACCCCUCCUGCUGCUCAGACCCCUCCUACUUCUCAGGCCGCUGGCGAAGCCCACUCCUCAGCUCUGGAACCUGAGCUCGAUAGCCCCACAUCCACUACCACCGCCCCCCCUGCGACAACCUCGCUCAAGCCUGAAAAUGCGACCUUGGGCGGGAUUGGUACUGCUAUGAAGAACCUGAAGAACAACUACAAGAAUGCAACUGGCGCGAACGCUGCCGACAAGAAAGCCUCGGAAUCUGCCCCAGUUCCGAUCUCGCAAGGCACAUUCGAACUUAUGACUGCCUUCCUCUCAGUUGGUCUUUUGGCCGUCGUGGCGUGAUCGCACUGUGUUAUUUAUUUAUUUUUCGUUGUCGUUAUUUGAGAUCCUUUUUACUCUGUAAAAAUUCCUCUUGUACACUUGGAUAUCUAUAAUAUCACUGCAUGUGAAAGAUAGUGUGAUAGAAAGAAAAUCCUCCGUCCAAAAUUCUUCAAUAUUUUUGAGGUCUAUCAUAAGUUCAGGAAUUAGUCAGAUAAAUGAUUGUCC